AUGGACACAAAUUGCAACACCGAUGCUACCGAAAAAAUAGAUGAUGCGACACCAGAAGAACAGAUGCACAGCUCAGAAGACACUGAAGGUGAUGACGAGGCAGCACAAUUAUUUUUGACCAUGUUUACACAUUCAUCAGAAGGUAAUCAAGCAAAUAACGCAAAUGACGGUGUUGAUUUAACAUCCACUUUUGUUGCUCCAGAAGCAAAAACAAUCAAAGAGAGUGAAUUCAAAUACCACACGUUUGAUUCAUUUACAAUUCCAAGUCAUAUCCAAUCAAUUGAAAAAUAUGCUUUCAGUUUUUGCACAAAUUUAAAAAGUAUUGUUAUUCCAGAAUCGGUGACCUCAAUUGGCGAAUACGCUUUCAACCAAUGUCCGCUGACUUCCAUUGUAAUUUCCAAAAACAUGACUUCGUUAUCCGAUGGCGUGUUUUGUGGAAACAAACUUGUUUCGUUCACGGUUCCUGAUAACAUUCAAAGUCUUGGGUCAAGUGUACUGUAUUCCAAUACGGUUUCUUCACUGGAAAUAUCUGAUAACCCCAAAAGCCUUGACUUGAAUGCGUUCACUUCAAUUGAGUUAUCUGACAACGUGACUACAAUUGGGUCGGAUGCUUUCAGUGGACUUGACAAAUUGGUUCACAUCAGACUGUCGAACAAAUUAACUGAACUCCCAAAAAAUGCAUUCAAAGACGACCGAAGUUUGAAAAGUGUUGUUAUUCCGAUGAGUGUGACUAAACUUGGGGAGAGCUGUUUUGAGAAUUGUCCACUUGAUGGUGACAACGUGUUUAAAAUACACAAGCACAUUGAAGUUGUUGAAGAUGGUGCUUUUGAGAACUGCAAAUUCAAGGAAGUUCUUAAUCGAAGGAAACAUCAAAGAAAUAUCAAAGAAUAUAAUUUGAAGGAAUUUGGGGAACAUGUCUUUUCAGACAACGUCAAUAUCACUGAACUGGUUUGGGAUCAGAAAUUCACACGAAUUCCAGACCGUAUUGUCUAUGGGUGUGUUAACAUCUCAAGAAUAGAAAUACCAACUACUGUCACUUCAAUCGGCGAAUUUGCGUUCAAUGAAUGCAAAUCACUUGAAACGCUUGUCAUUCCAGAUUCGGUUGUUGAGUUUGGUAUGUUUGUUUGUCAAGAUUGUGAGAAAUUGAGAAGUGUCACACUUCCUACCGGCAUUACUGCUAUUCCACAGGGUCUCUUUUCGCGUUGUGGAAAUUUGAGCGAAAUCAAAAACAUGGAGAAUGUCACAGAAGUCGGUCGAGAAGCUUUCAAAGGUACAAAAAAACUCUUUACACGUGGCAUCCCACAAAACUUGAAGAAAAUAGGCAUCAGAGCAUUUUCAGACUGUGACAUUGAAGAGUUGGUAAUACCAAACUCAGAGAUGGAUGAAGGUGCUUUUGUUCAAAACAACAAAUUAACGAAAGUUGUCAUUACAGAAGGCGUGAAAACACUUCCACAACGCUGUUUUGCUGAAUGCCCAAAUCUGAAGGUUGUUGUGAUACCAAACAGUGUUGAGUCGAUUGGAUACGAAUGUUUCAGUGGUUAUGCCAGUCUUGAAGAAAUCACCAUCCCAAAGAGUGUCAAAACGAUAGAGGGGUACUCAUUCAAUCAUUGCACUCAAUUGAGAAAGGUGGACAUUGACAAAUCGUUGGUGUGUGGAAGAGAUGUGUUUCUUGAUUGUCCAAAUCUUGUGAAAUUCAAUGUUAUUGAAAAAGUGAAUCAAUUUACUGGGACUGUUGCUGUCAUUUCCGCUACAAUUGUUGCAAUAGAAGACGGCGCAUUUGAAAACAACGACAAAUUAGAAAAAGUGGUCAUGCCAGACACCAUCAAUUAUGUGGGAGGAAAGUGCUUUAAGAACUGCACUAAAUUGAGUAAAGUUGUUCUUUCCAAAAAUGUUGAUAUUUUGAAUAACGAGGCAUUUGCUGGGUGUGUCAGUCUCAAGGAAAUUGUCCUUCCAAACAGUUUGUGCAUCAUCAAGAAAUCUGUUUUUAGUGGGUGCAAAAACCUCACCAAAAUUGUGAUUCCAGAAAACGUCGAGCUUAUUAAAAAACGCGCUUUUGAGAAUUGUGAAAAACUUGAAGGUGUUGUAUUUCCAAACAAAUUGGGACAGCUUGAAGAAUCGGUCUUUGCUAACUGCAAAAGUUUGAAAGAAGUCGUCUUCCCAGAACAACUUGGACUUGUUGGGAAUAGGUGUUUCCAAAAUUGCGAAAAACUCGAUAAACUUGUGUUAAAUGAACACAUGAAUUUGAUUGGAAAUCUUGUGUUUGGUGUUUGUGUAAGUCUCAAAGAGGUUGCAUAUUCAUAUCCAUUCGUUACAUUCAGAUGCUUUGAUGGGUGUAUAAAUCUUGAAAAUGUGAAAUUGGGAAAUAAAGUAUUUCAAAUAGAUAAAUGGGCUUUUAGAAAUUGCAAAUCGUUGAAAGAAAUUACUCUACCUGAAAGUUUGAAAAGUGUCAACGAGAAAAAGGCUUUUGAAGGGUGUGACAAUUUGAAAAAGAUUAUCUACCCAGAAAACUAUAAAAAGGAAACAAAAUAA